AUGGAGGGCGCAGGGUCCCGGGGGGCCUGGCCGGUGCGGCGCCGGGGAUCCGUGAAUCUGCUGCCUCUGCCUCCGCUGCUGCUACUGCUGCUCUGGCUGCUGCCCCGUACCGCGACGCCCCAGGAGCUGAACCCGCGCGGUCGCAACGUGUGCCGCGCGCCGGGCUCUCAGGUGCCCACGUGCUGCGCUGGCUGGAGGCAGCAGGGGGAUGAAUGUGGGAUCGCGGUUUGUGAAGGCAAUUCCACGUGUUCAGAGAACGAGGUGUGCGUGCGACCGGGCGAGUGCCGCUGCCGCCAUGGCUACUUCGGUGCCAACUGCGACACUAAGUGCCCGCGCCAGUUCUGGGGCCCAGACUGCAAGGAGCGAUGUAGCUGCCACCCGCAUGGGCAGUGUGAAGACGUGACCGGCCAGUGUACGUGUCACGCGCGGCGCUGGGGUGCGCGCUGCGAGCAUGCGUGUCAGUGCCAGCAUGGCACGUGCCACCCGCGGAGCGGCGCGUGCCGGUGUGAACCCGGCUGGUGGGGCUCUCAGUGCUCUAGUGCGUGCUACUGCAGUGCCACAUCGCGCUGCGACCCACAGACAGGAGCCUGCCUGUGCCAUGCAGGCUGGUGGGGCCGCAGCUGCAACAAUCAGUGCGCCUGUAACUCGUCGCCCUGCGAGCAGCAGAGCGGCCGCUGCCAGUGCCGCGAACGCACGUUCGGCGCGCGUUGCGAUCGUUAUUGCCAGUGCUUCCGCGGCCGCUGCCACCCUGUGGACGGCACGUGCGCCUGCGACCCGGGCUACCGCGGCAAGUACUGUCGCGAGCCGUGCCCCGCCGGCUUCUAUGGCCUGGGCUGUCGCCGCCGGUGCGGCCAAUGCAAGGGCCAGCAGCCAUGCACCGUCGCCGAGGGCCGCUGCCUGACGUGCGAGCCCGGCUGGAAUGGAACCAAAUGCGACCAGCCGUGUGCCACGGGCUUCUAUGGCGAGGGCUGCGGCCAUCGCUGCCCUCCCUGCCGCGAUGGCCAUGCCUGCAACCAUGUCACCGGCAAGUGUACGCGCUGCAACGCGGGCUGGAUAGGUGACAGGUGCGAGACCAAGUGCAGCAAUGGCACUUAUGGCGAGGAUUGUGCUUUCGUGUGCGCCGAUUGCGGAAGCGGUCACUGUGACUUUCAGUCAGGGCGCUGCCUUUGCAGUCCUGGAGUCCACGGGCCCCACUGUAAUGUGACGUGCCCGCCUGGGCUCCACGGCGUGGACUGCGCCCAAGCCUGCAGCUGCCACGAGGACUCGUGUGACCCGGUUACCGGUGCCUGCCGCCUGGAGACCAACCAGCGCAAGGGUGUAAUGGGCGCAGGAGCGCUGCUCGCCCUUCUCCUCGGCCUGCUGCUCUCUCUGCUAGGCUGCUGCUGCGCAUGCCGAGGCAAGGAACCCUCCCGCAGGCCCCUCUCCCGCAGGGAGCUCUCGCUUGGAAGGAAGAAGGCGCCUCAACGCCUAUGUGGGCGCUUCAGCCGUAUUAGCAUGAAGCUGCCCCGGAUCCCACUCCGCAGGCAGAAACUGCCCAAAGUCGUAGUGGCCCAUCACGACCUGGACAACACCCUCAACUGCAGCUUCCUGGAACCUCCCUCAGGACUGGAGCAGCCCUCACCAUCAUGGUCUUCCAGGGCCUCCUUCUCCUCCUUUGAUACCACAGAUGAAGGCCCUGUGUACUGUGUACCCCAUGAGGAGGUUGCAGCUGACAGCCGAGACUCAGAGGCCCCCAUUGCUCCUGCCGAGGCUCUGGCACCUUCUCCUGCACCCUUGAGCACUCCCGCAUCAGCAGAGGAAGCAACUCCCCUCCCUGCAUCUUCCGACAGCGAGCGGUCAGCUUCCAGCGUGGAAGGGCCGGGCGGGGCGCUAUACGCUCGCGUGGCCCGGCGCGAGGCCCGGCCGGCCCGGGCCCGGGCCGAGGCUGGGGGCUUGUCCCUGUCGCCAUCGCCCGAGCGCAGAAAGCCGCCGCCACCUGACCCCGCCACCAAGCCCAAGGUGUCCUGGAUCCACCGCAAGCAUGGCGCAGCCGCCGCGGCCCGAGCGUCCUCGCCACCACCUCAGGGCCCCGAGACUGCGCCCAGCCCCAGCAAAAGAAAACGGACACCCAGCGACACGUCGGCGCGGCCUGAAGAGCCCGGCAGCCCACGGGCCCGCGACCCGACGCCAAGGCCCCCCGGGCUGACCCAGGAGGCUUCAGCCCUAGUCACUCCCUCGCCGCCCCAGGCCCGAGCUCGGGGCCGCGGCCCCGGCCUCUUGGAGCCUACGGACGCCGUUGGUCCCCCACGCAGCGCUCCCGAGGCCGCAUCUAUGCUGGCGGCAGAACUGCGUGGCAAGACUCGAAGCUUGGGCCGCGUCGAGGGGGCCCUAGGCGCACAGAGUCCCCGGGAGAAGCCGACGCCGCCGCAGAAGGCCAAGCGCUCUGUGCUGCCCGCCUCGCCGGCCCGAGGAUCCCUUGUGCCGGAGGUAACUGGGCCAGAGAAGGCGGUGGCCGGAGCGCUGGCGCCCGAGACCCCUCGGAAGAAGACCCCUAUCCAAAAACCGCCACGCAAGAAGAGCCGGGAGGCGGCGGGCGAGCUGAGCAGGGUGGGAGCUCCCACCCUGUAG